CAAAAAACCAAUGGGCUAAUUCUACCAACUCCAUCAUCAAACCAUUUCCUUCUCCACCUUUUAUAAACCAGCUCCUCCAUUUCACUCCACAUUCUCAACAUCAACCCAAUGAUCGGAAAGAUAUCCGAGUUGUUGGUUUCCGGCAAUCGGACUGCCGUUUCCGACGGCGUCACCAGCCCUAGAAGUCCACUAGACUUGAAAAUCCAAUCGCCUAGAGGAUUAAAGGUGUACGACGUUGGUGGGGUUGGUUUGGGGAUUGUUGCUGCUUUGGAGAAGAAAUGUAAUGAUGUGGGCAGGCAUGAAAUUUUGGUAAAGUACGCAGUUGGGGGUUCCAAUCGUUCAGAUCCAAUUCCGUGUGGGAAGAACUUUGACAAGUUUAAACCAGGUUUUGAGGAUUUGGAGAUGGAGAGCUUGGAGAAUUAUACGUAUGUCACGUCCCAUGGACCUAACAGGUCUACAACUAAGGUUUAUUACGAUGGUGUAAGAAGUGAUGAGAGGAUUGUAUGUAAUAACUAUUCCGCCGUUAAGGAAUCGCCGGCGAGAUUUCUUGAUGAUCUUUCAGGGUACCCAACUCUGGAUUUUCUCAGUUCAUGUCACUUGUGCAGGAAGAAACUCCAUGGCGAAGACAUAUACAUGUAUAGAGGGGAGAAAGCAUUUUGUAGCACAGAGUGUCGAUCAAGGCAGAUAAUGAUGGAUGAGCGCAAAGAGCAAUGCAGAUCAGAAGCAUCAAGAUCUGCAGAGACCUCCACCUCACCUUACUCCAGAGGCCAGAUUUUCUCAACCGGAAUUCUUGCAAUAUAGCCGGCCAAAUUAUCAAAAGAAAGAAAAGAAGGCCAUGGCCAUAACCCGCCCUGCGUAUAUACCUAUACAAUAUGCUAAACAAAAAACUACAAAAAGAAGGAACCCAAAUUUUGAUUAGAUGUAAGAGUAGUAGAGGUUUUAUGCUGUGUAAUGAUCAUGGUAAUGAGAAUAAUUCAUGAAGUUUUCAUAAUAUAGCAGCUUUGGUUAAAGAUUUUCAGA